GCACUUACUUACAUGUAUCCAAUCCUGCUAUGAAGCGAAAAGCGGAGGCCGCACCUUCAUCGAAGGCAGAAGUGCCUCGCUGGAGCUUCGAUGAUUUGACAGCGGACCUUUCCGCUGGUCUCGCGCAAUCCAAAGAUGUGUCUCUUGAGCAGCUGUCCAUGCAGCACUUCCCGCUGACUAGCGGUCUUCAAGAGCGUUUGCGGGAGAUCCUCGCUGAAGUGCAGCACGGCACGGGCGCGGCCCUUCUGCAGAUGCCUACUGAGCUCCUAGAACAAGGCGAGGAGGCCGCCCAGCGAGCUUUCCUGGGGCUGUGUGCACAUUUGGGGCGCCCGGUAAGGCAGUCCACCGAUUUGGAGGAGCUUUGCGCCCGGGUGGAAGUGGCCACUCGCCCGGAAGUCCAGGCGGCACGCCACACCUCGCGCAGGGGCUACCGCAACGACAAGGAGCAGUUCCUCCACAACGACUCCUCCAUCCCCGCGAAGCGCGGCGAAGGCGUUUGCGACCUGCUGGCCAUGUUGUGCUUCCGCCCUGCGAAGCGUGGCGGCAGGACCAAAAUGGCCGCCGCCAGCGCGAUACACGAAGUGCUGCAGAAAGAUCCGGAGGUGCUGGAAGCCCUUCGGCAGCCUCUGAAGUACGCUGCCACGGUGGAGUACCAUCCUGAUUGGCGCCGACCAGACGCUGGAGAAGCUCCACUUGUCUUUGCAGAUGCAGCAGGUCGGCCUUGCAUUCAGUACUCCAAGAACAUGGUGGAGACCAUCUCAGCAGCUUACGCAGACUCCAGCGCAUUGGAGAAGGUGAGGGCUGCGUUGACCCGCUUGCAGGAAGUCUGUAGCAAUCCAUCGGUCGUGCAGCACUGGGACUUGGAGGCAGGCGAGGCCUACCUGGUGGACAACUACCGCUGGCUGCACGCGCGGACCCACUUCGAGGACGAUGCAAGUCGGCGGCUCUUCUUUCGAAUCUGGCUGCAGGUGCCUGACUUCGAACAAAGAUUUUGCCUGCUGCGUGAUUGGAGAGUUAUAUAUGCAACAUGUGUGGAAGUUGGUGUUGUUGCCUGA